AUGAUAACAGUACCACCGUCGAGUGCUGAUGAGGUACGACAGGAGCACUUGCUUCUGAGAAAUACUGUAACAGGCUCUUUGCAGAAAAGGAAUAUGAAGAACCUGUCACUUUCGAUAGAAAGUAAUGAGAAGGCCCUGUCGGAUAGUAUGGAUGCAGAUUCCAGUUUCCCAAACCAAGAGGGGGUUCCCCUGAGAGUUCUGCCCGUUAGAACUCCGUCGCAGCAGCAGCCGUCUAGGCCACAGAUAGUGAAAAGAAGAAGUGAGGCGUCAAUAUAUUCGUGUGGGACAAAUGGUAAGUCGCCAUCGAGUGGUACACAUUCACCCAUACAUUCAACCCUCGGUCACAAGAAGGGGAGUUUGACACUGAGCAGAAACUAUUCCCUUUCGUUGUCUGUAAAUACGAGCAAUCUCAAGAAACAUUCACGGAACAGGUCGCAGACUAUUUCAGACAUCGAAAUUACAACACCGCUGGCGGGAAGUUGUCCAAAACCUCUUGGGAAGGGGAAAUUACAGCAUAUAUUCAUACCGACACCUUCGAAGGACAGUACUCCAGCAGAUACCGCAACUACGGGGAAAACGUAUGCUGCUGCUUCUACGGGAGGGUGUAAGGAGUCUGUGACUGUCGGGUAUGGUUCAGAUAGCAAUCCGGAGGACAGAGCGAUAUAUUCGAAGGGAGCUUACCCACAUGGACCCCUCUUGGUAUUGAACCCGAACAUAUAUCUAUACUCAGAACCCAAGUUGACUGAGAUUCUUGACUUCGACCUCGUCAUUAAUGUUGCAGAGGAAAUCCCAAAUUUACAGGUAUACAUCCCAGAUGAUUUCCAACAGAAAAUCGAGUACCACCACAUCGAAUGGUCGCAUUUGUCGAAGAUAUCAGAGGAUUUGAAUAGGCUCACCGAAAUCAUGCACAGAGCCACUCUCCAGGGGAAAAGGAUACUGAUACACUGCCAGUGCGGUGUCUCCAGAUCAGCCUCGCUAAUCGUCGCAUACAUUAUGAGAUACGAUAAUUUGUCUCUGAAUGAGGCAUACGGUAAACUGAAGUCGGUGGCAAAGGACGUGAGCCCCAACAUGGGAUUAAUUUUCCAGUUGAUGGAGUGGAAUGACGUAUUGAACAAACUGGACGGGAACGAUUCAUUCUCUAAUAGUCAAAGCAAUAAUGACAACCAUCAAGUCUCAGCAGAUUCAAACAUGUUAACUCAGAACCCGGUACCAUUGGGGAUCUCCGCGGAGUUGACCCCUACGACACCUUCUGAAUUUGUCGCUCAAAAUAGAAUGACCACCUUGAAGUAG